AUUAUUGAAGUUAUUUCGUUGAAAGCAUUGCAGAUCAAUAGACAACUGCAGUGCUUUGUGCAUCUGAUGAAACUUCAAGGACCCAACUUCUUGUGUAGUUUGCACAGCCUUUCUGGCUUAGUAUGAAAGAAAGCAUAAUGGCUGGUGGACUUCAUCAUCCUCUUGUUCAUUGACGAAUGUGUUUUACUGGAAUGUCUGCCAGCCUUGACUGCUGCUGAAUGCAUUGCUGAGUGUUGUCUUUGUGAGCAUUGUUCUGUUCCUUUUGUCCUAGUAAUGUGCGACACCUUUUUAAUCCAAAACAACACUUGCAUUACCUUUGCAAUAUUUGCUUGCCUCUAAUCAUCUCAUCAGCACUUUGAGUUUACGCUCUGGGUUACAGGUAAUGGAACAGUAAACUAAGUUGCCUGUGACACUCCAUGGAAGUAUCCUGGAGAACGUCUAAUAUUCGUCACCAAUGUAGUUCAUUUUAUAACUUUGUUUACAUAUUGAAAAUCCCAGCCAGAUAUGUAGUCAUUUCAUUUGUCACAAAUAUACAGUAUAGAUUGCACAGCACCAUGAGGCAGGUGGGAAAAAGAAACUAGCAUAUAUUUCAGCGGCUUCUGCAUCACUGCUUCGCCUUGCAUCAAAGGGCCAAAUGCUCAGGCGAUCACUUUCAACAACACUCCUUUUUUUCGAGAUUUCAUGAGAUAAGCACCUGACGCAUCAUUGUCUACGAGUGAGGACGACAGUUGGGGCAGUGCCAAACCACUGUAGCCCACAGGUGGCGGAACAGUUCCGGCUCUGAUCUCGUGAAGAUGAAAGUCCCACUGAAAGUGAUCGUCCGAGAAUAUGGCCCCAAAAUCUUCUAAAAAGCCGAAACUUCAUGUUAAACUACGUAAGGUGUGGACUUAAACAUAAAUGGAUUGUUCAAUCUAAUAGGCAUUCCUGAAUGAAACCAUGCUGGCCUUUGCUUGGAUCUUUUUAUUAGGCUAUGUCAUCAUGUGUGGUAAUUAGGAUAGAGUUUUGUAAUAUUACGCUAGCGGGAAAUCUGGGACUAGUGUCUAUGGGAGCUGCAAUGCAUGGCGCUUCAGCCAGCGUGGGAAUGAUGGGUAGUGCAUGGAUUUGGCUAGGCUUCGUUUUUUUGGCUCCGUGUGGCCUGCAGCCGCUUUGUCGCAAGAUGAAGUCCAGCAAAAGUUUAGCAGUCCCACUGCUGACCAAUUCAAAUUAGUUCACAAGGUUCAUGGUGAGCCAUUAUUUGAUCCAAAUUGGAAGCCGAAACAUAACAAUGAAGAAACCCACGAGUUCAUUCAAAGCUGCAGGCACGAAGACUAGGCAAAUCCAUGUAGUACCACCCAUCAUUCCCAAGGUGGCUGAACAAUUGCAGUGCCCUAGAUCCGUCUAGUAAAUACUGUUGAAAAGUCUAUGGUAAUUAGCCAAGAUGCUGUGUUAAUCAGUGUCCACAGCUUCAGGCCUUAUCUACAGACAGUACAGAAGCUUGGACAGGACGUGAGGUCUUGUGCAUAGCUGAAUGUGGCCUACCGAAGCAAGGAGUUCACUUAGAUGGUAGUUUGUGAUCACUCUUAUGAUUGCUUUCAUUGUUACCUGUUUGAUUGGACUUAUGUUUGCGGUUUACUGUGCUUUCUCUAUGUAAAAUUUGGUGAUGCUGAUAAAAAAGUGGGCAGUAUUUUUUGAUGCUGUAUUAGGUUCUCUGGGGCACCCGUCUUCAUAUCCUAGUGGCAAAGAUGUUGCGCUGCUAUACAUGAAGACACGGGCUCAGUUCUUUGCAUUGCCCGCACUUACAUAAGUGCGAUAUAUGAAGACCCAUCUGCCUAAACUUAGGUGCACAGUAAAGGUGGUCAAAGUUAUUCGAGUUGCCCACUACAGCAUGCUUCAUAAUUCUUCAGUGGUAUUGAAAGGUAAAACCCCAAAACAACAAAGAAUUGGGAGUCCUUCCCCUAUCGGGAGAAUAGGGGGCAAGUGAAGCUUCUCUUUCUUUCCUUCUAUAGCUUUGUGCAAUGCUCCCUCCUAAUUUUUUCCUUUCUCUAUGAUAGAAAUUGCACCCCUCCACCCAUGUGCUUAGCAGCGCAACACUUGUGUUGCUGCAGGCAACAAUGAUUGUCACGAGUGAAACAACGGAAGGCAACAAUGAAAUGUGGCAAUAUCAGAUAACAAGUGACCUCGAUAAAAGAUCAGAUUGCCAUAUCCAAAACGGGUGCCAUACUGCUCUGUUUGCCUCUGAUUAGCAUUCUCCUUCUUUUUAAAACUUUUUAAGGAUUGAGCAUGCAGCCAUCUUUGGGAGACAAGCCAGGUACUCGUGGCAUUGGUCUUCGUCCUCUGCCGGUCUACCUUCCUGCGGCCGAUCUGGAGGAACUGGACGUGCUGUCUGCGGUGCCUGUCGUCAAUGCUGUCAAUGCCAGGCUGUCGGACACAGGUGGCACACUGUCACUGACACAGAGGCCUCCGCUGUCUCUGGGGGCCGGCACGGGGUCGCCAGCCGAAGCUCUACGGCACCAGUGUCGCUUCUGCCCGUACGCUUCACGGCACCGAGGCAGCCUGGUGCUGCACGAGCGGGUGCAUACGGGCGAGCGGCCUUUUCGGUGUCACCUCUGCAGCCGUGGCUUCGCGCACCGCUCGCACGUGGUGCGCCACAUUCGCACGCACACCGGAGAGCGGCCCUUCCGGUGCCCGCUUUGUCCGGCCGCCUUCUCGCAACGCAGCAACGUCAAGGUGCACCUGCGCUCGCAUGGCUUGCAGACCGACAGCAGCCGACCAGCCGAUGCCAACGGGGCAACGGGACAGGAAACCAUGCUCCACCUUUGACCAAAUGGAGCAUUCACAUCCGCAGUGUCCAAUGGGGCAUGCAGGCCUAUUUUCUUAGCUGUCUGCCAUUGGCAGAGUAACACAGGCAAUUACUAGUGUACGGUGCUCAUGGAUUGAAAUGUGGCAUCAAAACAUUUAGUAUAAUGAAUAGUAGCCACAAUUUCUCAGAAAUCCGUGUCAUGAUGUUACGAAUUUGGCCACCAAAGGUAAUGUUGGCUCUCAUGUACGUGCUAGAGUCGUAAUUACAACGAUAUGACAUGAACUUGAAAUGGUCGAAACGAAAGUAUUGUCAUUACUUAGUGCUGAAUUGUCGCGUUUCACUCCGUGAGCACUGCAAGUGCAUGGAGUUGUUCAGGAAAUUUAAUAAAAAAUGAAAAUAUCUGACUGCAAUUGUUCAA